CUGCACAAGACUUUUGCGACACAGGCCCACGAGCUAUCCUUGACGACCGAGGACACGGCAAUACACAACCACGAGAAACCGCAUCAUUGCCGGUAGGAGGACAAGAGUCCUGAGGGAUCGACAGCACGGUUAAGAUUGGAUGCAAAACCCCACACUUUUCAUCAUCGCCUAGAUCUAGCCUAGGUCCUCUGGGGCCUUAGUAUCAUGGUGAUUUACUAAGCUCUCUUCCAAGAGCUCAACUCCAAUCCCUCUAAGCAUCAUGGCCACCAAUUCCAAUGGCAACCCGGCGCAACCCAAGACAAUACGCUUUGUUAACAACCAAGGGCAACCUCCACAAAAGCGCAGGAGAAUCAAUGCUGCUUGUUUGACUUGCCGAAGACGGAAAACGCGAUGCGCAGGCGAACAACCCGAGUGCACGACUUGCAUCAAGAACGGCCACAAGUGUCUUGGAUAUACAGACCUGCCAGUUCAGGAGAGGAAGAGAGACUCGGUUAGCGGGGUAAGUCCCCAUGAUGCCGUAUUCGACAAUCAGGAAGGGGAAUAUCCCAACGACGAGACGGUCAAUGAGCAAAGACACUGCCAACAGCCCAACAACGUCAUCUCGCGGCAGACCACAGAGGCCGGCGCAACCUCGUCUCAACGCUUGUCAGAUUCCCCUCACCAGAGUACUCACGGACCUGUACAACUGAAGUCUGAGAUCAUAGACUGGGAAGAGCCACGAUCCUUUACCCAGCCUGGAGCCGGCAAGCCUAUUCGACGAUCAACGAACCCACAACACUCGUCAUUUUCGACUCAAGAUGGACGCAGCCCCAGCAUACGGUCUCCGACGGCACACCACAACCACAAUCAGACCGAGUCUCAUCGAAUGCCCUACUUCCGAUACUUCGGCCCAACAGCCAUCGUUCCAGGCUUCAAGCAAAUGGUUGUCAAGGUACAUGAUAGAAGGCGCAGUUCUAUGUCCGCGACAUCCCCUGGCUCUGGUAUAUCGUUUCCAAGCUUGAAAUCGAUACAUUCCGAACACGACUAUGACCAAUUAGACGAUGUCCCUGUAUACGAUCCGCAUGAUUCCGGCCCAGUGCAUCCGCUCAUAUUGGAAUUGAUCGAGGGUUUCUUUACCCAUCUUGGGUGUAAUUACCCGUUUCUACAGCAGGAGAAACUCGUCAGAUGGGUGAAGGAAAAGCGUGAAGAGCCAAUCCUCGUGGAUGCCAUCUGUGCCCUGGCAGCACGAUUCUCUGACUCGCCCAUUCUUAAUAAACCAAACAGCAAAAAACCCUCCAAGGCUGACAAUGGCCAUGUUUUUGCGCAGCGAGCCAAGGCCGCCACUGUUGACACUUUCCCUUGCCCUUCUGUCGCAGCUGUCCAAGCAUGCCUGCUCAUGGCGUAUGAAGGGUUUGGCGCAGAUCAAGACAGUGCUCUGUGGAUGUAUCUUGGUCUGGCUAUCCGUAUGGCUGUUGACCUGGGACUUCACAAAAAGGACGGAGUGAAAUACCAAGGUGAGAAAGAUGCUUGGUAUACAAGGUCCUACAACAGGAAACACGCCGAGCAUGAUGACGACAAUCACCAGAAUAAGCCUACUGAGGAAGACAAGUUAAGCGAACGAGAACAGAAGCAGCUGGAGCAGGAAAGAAUCGACACAUUAUGGGCCGUAUUCAUGCUUGACCGGGUCAUCUCGUCUGGCACUGGCCGUCCAGUGACUCUUCGCGAUGGCGAUUUUGAGCUCGAGCUGCCCAAAACCCCCACAGGUACUGAUGAUAAGUUCUAUCCAGAUCCGUUCCCGGCACUGCUUCAGAUCAUACACCUUUAUGGCAGGGUAUCUGAUGUGCUCAAUGAAGUGGUUAACCCCAACGACCUCACAGACGAGCGAAUGAACAAGCUCUUUGUGUUGGAGCAUGAGUUGACCAAAUUGCACCAAAACCUUCAUAUCAACCUCCGAUUCGAUGCCUUGCGUUUUCAAGAAUAUGUUCGGAAACAGCAAGGAACGACAUUCAUACUUCUGCACCUUUGGUUUCACGCGAUGAUUAUUGUUUUACACCAACCUGCCCUGCUUGCACCUUUGAUCCAGUAUGACCAAGGGCGCGAGCUGGGGUCUCAAAGCCGGGAGAUAUCCAUGUCUAGUGCAAAGACAAUCGCCGACAUUCUGGCAUUUGCAAAUCUGAUUGACGCGAAGAGCUUCAUCGGCAAUCCUUUCACAUCGCAGCCGAUAUAUAUAGCUGCGUGUGCUUUCCUGGUUGAGUCAGAAAAGACCAAUGCAUCCCAGCCUGUAUCGAGAAAUCCAUCGCCCCCUUCAGAGCUUGGCAUAUGGGCUGUGGCUCGGGCCUCGAACGCGAGAAAUGGAUUUUCAGCCGAAGCACGGACGUCGAAACGGCAUUUCUUGUUGGCUUCAGCUGCGAACCAGAACUACCAAGCUUGCAACAAAGCUUUACAGCAGAUGCAUAUGUAUUGGGGAGGAAUCAGGUACAUACUGACAGCUUUGGACCAGAAAUCCGAAGGCAUAUGGGAUUGCGAGACAUACACUCGCGAAGAAUAUGAGAGCACCAGAUUAUCCAGGCAUGGUGACUCUUUGCAACGUUUGAUCGCAAAGGCAGAGCAAGGUGCAUCUCCUACACCACAGCCACAACCGCCACCAUUGGCAUGGUCGCUAACCGGCACAACCAACACACCGGGUCCGAGUCUAUCCCUGUUGUAUCCCGCAAACAGCGCUUCGGCCACAGCGAACCCUUCGGCGACACCAGCACAACCAUCCUCGGCCCCCAGUGCCCCCACAACUCCGGGGAACAUGAUAUAUGAUCCAAUCCGCCAAAGCCUGCCAGAGGCACCUCAGAUGUAUCCUCCUGCAUAUGGUCAGCCGAACACUUCAGCCUUGAGACACUCCGUCGCGCAAAGUCGUCCACGCCGACUGUCUAGUGUUUCAGGUACAACAAUUCAGAUCAAUUCAAGGAUCCGAUUUGAUGGAAACUCUCCUUCGAGCACAAUAACAGAGUUGAACUUGGCCAAUAACAAUAACGGAAACGGUACCGGUGCAAACAAUGUAUCAUCUGGACCAUUUUCUACAGAUGCCGGUCCAUCUAAUUUCGCCCAGAGCGGUCUUGCUUCAAGCGGAUACUCAUAUCUAGAAUCGACAGGCCAAGGACUGGAUAUCAUCAACAUCGAGAAUCAGACGGAAUUUGGUCCAGCUCUCACUAGCUUCGGAACAGCAGAAAUGGUCAGCUGGUUUGGCGAAUACAUGCCCAGUGAUGUUCUGAGCAAUCUUUACGAUGAUUUGGGAUCAUCGAUGGGCCAGUAAGGCCUGAUCGCUAGUUGCGAAAACCUCUACACGAGGGCUACUGCACUAUGUGCUCUGGCUGAUGUGCUCUAGGAAGAGGAUUCGCAACUCUCACUUUUCUUCACAUCCGUACAUAAAGCUUGACAACGUUCUUGACCCUCACGACUAACGAAUCGGCGUUUGGAGGCGCAGU